CACGCGGUGGUGCUUCCAGUUCAGUUCCACAUUCAACAGUGCAGUGCCCGCGCAUAGCAGGAUUUUGUAUCUUCUUCCCAGUUCCGCCACAUAUUUUCGAUCCACAAUAUGGUCGUUUGCCUGACAUGGGGUUGCCAGACGCCGAAUGCCCUGUGCGCUCCCUUGACACCAUUGACGCCUCCGACGCCAACCAGCUGUCCUCUCAGCACACCCAUCUGUUCCGUGGUACCCAUUCACCCGUGGAAACAGUCUUAUGGCAUGGAGCAAGUGUGGCAAGCAGAGUUCCAGAAGCUGUUCCGACAAUACCUGCCGCAGUCUUGGUAUCUCCUCCCAGUUAUGCAGAGACCAUUGGGGAACUCCUGGCAGACUUUCGUCGAUUCCGCAAAAGUCCGCUUCUGUUGUGAGGAGUGUGGUCAUGGUUGGACGUCCAUGAAAGGACGUAUCUCCUUCUGGUUCCUGCUUACCACCUCGGGGGAAGGUCUAGUGACAUUCAAACUAUAUGGCCAGCAAUGCGACAAGUGCAAGGGAGGCAAAUACGAGCCAGCAAUGUGGUACCCAGAAGAAGUUGUUAAGGUACUAGUGAACAUCUACAACAGAGUGGGCCAAGUGUACUACGGCUUCUACCAGCCCCCCAUCCACAAGAACAGGCGUCCGGGCAAACCUCGUAACCCUCACAACGCAGACCUGUGUCAGGCUUGCAGAGAUGGAGUCUGCUCGGAGAGGAGGUGAUCGACGGCACAGCCAUAACGUACGACGUCCACCUCACAUCCGAAACUGAUGCCAUUACCGGUAUUUAUAUACGUAAUGUUGUACGAACCAAAGUGAAUGUGAUAGCAAUGUCGGCAGUGCAAUAUUAGUUGGCAGUGCAAACAUAGCGAGCCCCUAUACUGUUAUUUGUCAAAUGUCCCUUUUUUUUUUUUUCUUUUUAAGUUUGUCAUUUUAGUGUCCCCCCCAAAUGGGACAUUCCAUAAAACACACCAGGAAGUGGAAUGUCCAAUUUUUUUUGGGGGGGGGGUGAAUCAUCAUGUUCCCAUUUUUGGGAAUGUGGCAUUCCCAAACAUGAACAGACACACGUGCAUGUCAUUUUAAAUGAUGUAUAUAAAUUAAGAGAGUAUUGAGUGUGAGAAGUUGACCAAUUGCAUGUCAGGGUACAAAAAAAAAAAAAAGGAAAAAAUAUAUUUUCUCCAAAUUGGUCACUCAUGAGAGAUCCACCUGUUUUUAGCGAAAAGUUUUGGAAAAAAAAAGAAAACGAAAGUGUGUCGUGCCUUGUACAGAUCUGAUGCAGAGUUUGCUUCUUUGAAAUAUUUUGAGCAACAACCUUUUUUGAACAAUUGUACAAGAAAAUGUUGUGUAUAACUUACACGUUAUAUCGCUAAAUAAAGUUCUACCGUUAAAAUA